AUGGAUGUCAUUGUUGGCCUUCUUGGAAUGGGUGCUGCAUUCUGGACCAAAAAACCAGCCUUCGCAUUCCCAUGUGCUAUUGUACAACCGCUGCUGAUAGUAGCUAGGAUUUUUGCAUGGAUCUUCAUCAAUCGGCUACCGAAAGAGUAUCGGACCGAAGAUCUCACAUAUGUUAUACUAGAAUUUGUUUUCCCAUCUUUAUGGUUCAUCUUAUCGAUUGGCACAACGUUUUCACUUUGCAAAAAAGAAACAGAAAAGAAGCAACCGUUACGACAAACACCAAAAAUUGUGGUUUACUCAACAAAAACUGAUAACGAAGAAUCUGUUCAAUUUGAAAUCAAUCCAUGA